AGCUUCACAUCAAAAUUGGGAAAAAAAUAGAGAGAGCAUCGUAGUAGUUGCGGUCGAUCAACCGACUCAACACACACCAGCGACAGUGUAAGCCUUUUCAUAUACAUCCACCGUACUUGCACAGAAGCGUUCACAUACAUACAUACAUACGCAUACGCAUACACAUAUACAUAUAGAUCUGCAUACAACCACUGGCAUUGUCCGGCUUCUUUCCAUACACGCACGUAGCACCACAAAAGCGUCCAUCAUCUUCUUCUUCGAUCUUUUUUUUCUCGAUCAUGUUUCGUCGUCAGCACCUGCUCUUAGCGGCGCGGCUGCCCAUCGACAGCACCAAACUCUUCGGUGCCGGCCGCGAGCGCAGCUCCCAUCAGCAGCGCGUCUACACACAGCUCAAAAAAGCGAGCAUUCAAGAGGCCUUUCCGCACAUCGCCGCGUGUUGGGUGGGUCCGUGCUGGGGCACCGUCAUGCAGACGCCGAGCAACGUCACGCCGGUGUGUCUCAAGAUGGCGGUGUGGCGCUGCUCCCGCUGUCUGCAGGAGUUUGAGAUGUCGAUUGCGAAGUUUAUCGACGAGGGUGGCAUCUGCCCGCACUGCCACAAGCCGCAAAAGAAGCUGGACAACAUCACCGUGCAAAACGCCAAAGGCGAGCUGGUCAGCAAGAAGCCGCAGUACGUGAAGGCACCACGCAUGAUUCACUCAAAUUACCGCAGCGUCCUCUUCCACAACCCCGAGUGGGAGUCGAAGAACAUUCAGCCGAUGCUGGCGCAGCGGUGGGAGCUGGUGGCGGAUGAACUCACAAAAGGGAGUAGCGAGACGAACGGAGCCGCCGUGCAGCAACAGUCACAGCAACAGCAUCUGCUGCUGGCCUCACCGAAGAUCGAUGGCAUCCGCUGCAUGAUCGGCUUCAAUCAGAAGAAACAAGAGGUUCAGUACUUCUCCCGCGGCGGGAUUCUGUUGGAGUGCUGUCACGGCCUCACUCCGCAGCUGACGCCGCUCUUCGCGCAGGAUCCGACCCUUAUGCUGGACGGCGAACUCUUCGCACCGGAGUGCAAUUUCGAGCAGCUGAACGGGUUGGUGCGCCGCCUCAGUCGCUCCAGCACACCGGCAAUUCAGGAAGCGCAAGCUCGCUUGUUGGAGUACUUUGCGUUCGACAUCAUGUACAGCUCGCAGCUCUCCUCUGUCGACGCGCCGUUUGACGAGCGCUACCGUCUCUUGAAGAAACUUAUCCCCGUCUGCGGCGCCAAGCGCAUUAGCAACUACGUCCACGAUGAAAAGAAGAAGAAGGUGAUCCGGGCGAAGCAGCGCAACGCAGCGACGGAGACGAACGGCGAGCUGGUGAAGAUCUACCACGUGCCCGCCGCGCAGGUGCACCCCAGUGAGAUGGAGGAUGUGCUGACCGAGGCGUGUUCGCAGGGAUUUGAGGGGGUCAUGAUCCGCAGACCGGAGUUCCCCUACGAGCACGGGAAGCGCAGCUUUGGGCUGCUCAAGUACAAGCAGAUGCACGACGCGGAAUUCAAGAUUGUGGGCUACCUGCCCGGAGAGGGAAAGUUCAAAGGCGGGUUGGGCGCCUUUGUGUGCGAGACGAAGGACGGAACCAAGUUCAAUGCCCCGCCGAAAGUAACGUACAAACGCCGCAUUGAACUGUGGGGACUGCGGAAGGAGUACCUCGGCAAGUACUUGACGGUGCAGUAUCAGGAGCUGUCCUCGCAGGAUGUGCCGCGCUUCCCGGUCGCCAAGACGGUGCGCGGCGGCGAAAACAAGCAGGAAUGGUUAUGA